UUUCCCCGGCUCGCUCUUCGCUUUCGAAAUCCAACGACUCUCAACUACUGAUUUUCGCCCUUUGACUUGUUUUCUGUAAUCCCUCCCUCGGGCGUCAUCUUGGAGUGUAAUCUCGAAAUAAGGCACAAACAGCGCGACUACCAAGGAUCUUUGCGACGACAACAUUCGUAACGACGACAUUUGCUUAGCCAACAUCCGCUCCCGGAGGUGGACACUAGAAACGUUUACUUUGGAAGAAGACUAUGAGAUUGUGAGAAAACACUACAACAAUGGGUUGUGGUUUGUCUCGCGAAUCCCAGGCCGCGGCCACCGAAGGCAGUGAAAGCGCCGCUGUCACUGCUGCACGACACACGACUCCAGAUCCCUCUACCACCAACCCUCGCACCGUACCCUCUCGCACGAGUUCCGCAAACACACCUACAGAUUUGAACGAUCGCCCUAAUGCGCCUUUGCGCGCUGCACCCACCGUCAAGCAUUCGCCGCCGCAACUGGCACUGACGCCAUGGACACCUUCGGAACUCGCCCGCCAACGCGAAGCCUUUUUCGAAACAAGAGUCAGCGGUGAGGCGGAGAUGUGGGCUGCGAUGAAGCAGGUUGCCGAGUUGUUGAGGGUGGGUGAUUUGAGGUCUGCGCAGACGAUUUUGGAUGCUACGGGCGCGACGUGUCCGAGUGGAAGGUUCUGUGUUGAGAGGAGAAGAGGAGGGCAGAAAAAGGGUGGUGUGUAUGAUGACAAGGGUUUGCUGUAUGAGGUUCCUGGAUGGGUAGUUUCGGACCCUGAGGAUCUUGUUGCGGAGGCGCAAAUCGAAGGCAAGGAUAUCAAUGAAGAGUCGGAAGACGAGAUUGAUGCCGAGAAGGGUGUUGUCUGUGAAGAAAAGAUUGGAGAGUUGGUCAGCGUGCGGGCAAGACUCAGCGAUCGCGGCACUGAUGUCGUGGUCGAGAUGGGCACGAAUCAAAAGGUGUCGGUCCUGGUCAAGAAGGUGCAAGAGAAGGCCGGCAUUGAACAAAAGAUCAAGCUGGCAUACAUGGGCAAGAUCCUCGACGAGUUCAAGCCACUGUCACAGACGGGCUGGAAGGAAGGUCAUAUCCUCAACGCCUUGGUCUUUGGUUGAUAAAACAGUCGACUUGCGAUUUCUUUUCUUGUCUCGAACUGAAUUGUGGGAAGGGAUUUGGUGCAUCAGCAGCGGGCGUUUACAAUUUUUUGGCGCAUGGUGUAUACGCACAUGGGCAUCUUUGGGAGGUUUCCUUUUCGUUCUUGUUUU